UGACCCCCUGUGCAUGCAGGAAGUCUCCCCGCAUGGUUUACUGAGCGGGAGACGGGGGUCAGCUGCAUGUGGCACCUGAAAGGCAGAAGAAGUCCUCCCUUUGCCCACCGCCUCUCCUCUGUGCCUAGUGCCAGGCUCCUCCUGGCCAGCCCCUCCUGUUCCUGGCCUGGGCACAGUCGUGGGUCAAGAGGCAAGCCUUGGGCUCUGCUCAGCAGUCAGCAGGGAGUCCAAACCUGGUGUGACCGUGUUUUUCAGGAGUGCAGAAGAGCUGUGGGCCUCUGCUGCCCUUACCUGGGGCUCAGGAGGGUUCAGGGAGUCCUGGCCUUUUAUGUGCAGGGGUCAGGAGAGGUGCGGGUCAAUGCCCUGCUGCGAGACCUUUGCAGGCACUUGGUCAAAGAAAAACCGGCACUCCUGGAGGGUCUGUGCUACAGGACCAGGAGGUACUACACCAGCUCCUGGCCAGAGAUCCGGGCAGCAGCAAUACAUCUUACCAGCAUCAUGCUGGAGUACAGCAGCCCAGGGACUACCAGGUGGCUGAACAUCGCCCACUUGCAGAGCUCUCUGAGGUCUCUGGAAAAGGACUCAUCACCACCAGUCCAAAUCGCAGCCACCCAGGUCCUGGAGGCAAUCUCGAAAAGCCCUUGGGGAAGGGUACAAUCUCCAGACUCAAACCAUGGGCAUACUCUGCCCCGUAUAUUUUCUAUAUUUUGCUUUGGGUGCCUGAGGCCCGGCACAAACUGAGAGCAAGCUGCUACACGUGCAUGUGUGUGCACACGCACGAUUUCUGUAAAUAAAUUCUGUUCCUGGUU